CACUGGCAGCAGCGAUAGCGAGAACACGGACGCUUAAAAAGGCGUGAGUGUUGUUUGCGGACCACAGAACUCCGUUGAUGUAGCGGACGCCAGAGUGUGAAAUCGGCUAUUAUGGGGAUCGAAAAAUACGCCGGUCGUGUUGCCAUGGUGACGGGUGCAAACUCAGGCAUCGGCUACGCGAUCACGCAGGCGCUGCUCGGCCAUGGAAUCAUAGUCGUCGGCUUCGACAAGGCUGUCGAUAAACUCCAGUCACUCAAACUGAAAGACACCACCAGCAAUUUGCACGUUGUGGAGGGAGACUUGACGGAUGAGGACAGCAUUCUGGCAGCUUUCAAAUGGAUACGUGACCACCUGCCUGGCGUCGACAUCAUGAUCAACAACGCUGGCAUCUGCAGCACCUUCGAUCUGUCAUCUGGACCAACAGACAAGUGGCGGGAACUCCUGUACAUCAACGUCCUGGGCCUAAGUAUCUGCACCAGGGAAGCCGUACAGGACAUGCUGAGCAGGGGCGUCGACGACGGCUUCAUCAUCCAUACGUGCAGCAUAUGGGGACACAUUACACCAAAUCAGAGCGACAUCGCAAUGUACUGCGCCAGCAAGCAGGCUGUCAAGACGCUACUAGAGGGCCUCCGGAAAGAUCUCGUCGCCAGAAAAAGCAAGAUUCGAGUCGGUGAGGUUUCUCCAGGAUUUACCAGAACGGAGCUCGCGAAGAAAGCAGGCGCAUCAGAGGCGGUAUACGAUAUGUUCCCCUGCAUGGAACCCGAAGACGUUGCAGGUGCUGUUGUUUACAUGCUGUCCCAGCACCCUCGCGUACAGAUCCAUGACAUAAUCAUCCGUCCAACUGGUUUUGAUUACUGAAGGCCUCUACAUACAGAUAUACAUACAGAUAUUUACUACUCAGUUGCUCCCAGUUGUGCCGAAACAUGAUAGCAGUUAUCAUCACAGCUGAAGAAAUUAAACAAUACAAUCGAAUAUGUAGAAAAGCUUCUAAUUUCUCCGCGGAGAAGUAUUAUUAGACUGCGUUCUGUGAUAAAAUCGAGAUUUUUGUUAGCUUCGAAACAAGUUCAACGCCGCCCUUAUGAGUCUGUUAAUAAUUCCAGCAUCUCAAAACGUUAAAUGUAGCACAUAGGCACAUGUGGCACUGGAAAAGAGUUCUAACAUUUUUAUGUAAAACUUAGACGUUAGCUGGCAUAGAUGACGUAACAAUAAAACAAAAGCUUUUA